AUGUCCUUCAAACCGCCAUCAGAUACGAAGAAACCAAAGAAUGUCAAAGUUUCGCAACUUUGCGAACUAUGUCAUUCGAGGAAAGCUUUAAUCAAAAGGCCCAAGAAUAUGCAGAAAAUUUGCAAAUUAUGCUUCUUCCAUGUUUUCGAGACGGAGAUACACAACACUAUCGUCUCCAACUCGCUGUUUGCCGUUGGAGAAAAGGUUGCCGUGGGCGCCUCUGGUGGAAAAGAUUCGACGGUUUUAGCAUAUGUGUUAAAGCUUCUUAAUGAACGUUACCAUUAUGGAAUCGAUAUCGUGUUACUCAGUAUUGACGAAGGUAUUGUAGGUUACCGUGAUGACUCGCUUGCGACUGUCAAGCGGAACAAAGAACAAUAUCAGCUUCCGUUAGAAAUCGUCUCGUAUCGUGAAUUGUACGAUUGGACCAUGGAUGAGAUUGUCGCCUGCGCAGGUGUCAGAAACAGCUGCACUUAUUGCGGAGUGUUCAGACGUCAGGCUCUGGAUCGUGGCGCAGCGAAACUGGGUAUUAAACAUGUUGUUACGGGCCAUAACGCUGAUGAUAUGGCCGAAACUGUACUGAUGAACAUUCUUCGAGGCGACGUAGCACGUCUUGAAAAAUCGACUUCCAUUAUCACGCAAAGUGCAGGAUCCCCGGUGAAAAGAUCGAAACCUUUCAAGUUUUCGUACCAAAAGGAAAUUGUAUUGUACGCGCAUUACAAGAAAUUGGACUAUUUUUCCACAGAGUGUACCUACGCACCGGAAGCAUUUCGCGGCACUGCCAGAGAGCUUAUGAAAAAUCUUGAAGCCGUGAGACCCAGUUGCAUCAUUGAUAUCAUACAGAGCGGUGAAAUGCUUCGUUUAAAACCUAAAAAGGUCAAAAAAGCUCCACCUGCACAGGCCGCAGAUGCCGUUGAAGUACGAAGCGACGGGUCUGUCUUGCUCAAUCGGCACAGCGGUUUCAUAGACGGCAAUAGAUGCGAAAGAUGUGGCUACUUGUCAAGCAACAAAAUUUGUAAAGCUUGCAUGUUGCUAGAGGGGCUACAACAAAACAGGGCGAAAAUCCUACUGGACACCGACUCAUCAAUAGCGGGAGCGGCAAAGCUCACUAGAACAUUAGAGAAACUGACCUUCUGA